AUGCUCGUGAGCGCCAUGAUGGGCGGAGGAACGGGGAGCGGCAUGAAGGGCGGAGGGGCGGGGAGCGCGGAGGAAAUGUCUCUGGAGCAGCUGAUGGGUGUGAGCCGAUGGUGCGUGCUGCGCGCCGUGGAGGUCGAGGUGACGGCUAGAGUGGCGGAGAGGCUUGGAGAGAUGGAGGAGAGAAAGAGAGAGGAAGAGAGGGAGAUUGAGGAGGAAAGGGAGAGAGUGAGAGAGGACGAGAGGAGGAGGGUGAGAGAGGAAGAUAGGAAGAUAGAGGGUGAAAGAUAUAAGGUGCGAGAAGAAGAGUGGAAGAGAGUGAGAGAAGAAGAGAGGAAGCGGAUGAGGGAGAAAGAGAGACAGAGUGUUCGAUCGGAAGAAAUGGAGAGGGUGAGAGAGGAAGAGAGGGAGAGGGUGAGAGAGGAAGAGAGGGCGAGGGUAAGAAAGGAAGAGAGGGAAAGGAUGAGAGAGGAAGAGAUGGAGAGGUUGAGAGAUGAAGAGAGGAAGAGGGUGCAAGAGGAAGCGAGAAAGAGAGAGAGGGGGGAAAAGAGUAAGAGAGUAAGAGUCGAGAAGAGAAUGAGAAUGAGAGAAGAAGAGAGUAUAAGAGCUAGAGAGGAAGAGGCGAAUAAGAGGAGAGAGGUGGUGAGAAAAGCGAGGGAGGCUUUAGCGAAGGCGAGGAGGCGUAAAAAGGAGCUAAAGGCAGCGUUGACGGAGGCAGCGAGGGCGGUGGCCGAGAUGAAGGAGGGCGUUGAGGCGAACGUGCGGGAGGUGCUGCUGCGGGCGGCGCUGAUUCGCUGCUUCAUGGAGGAGGAGACGCCGUUUCAAGCUGCUGCUGGAGUCAGUGCAGGUUGCAAGCGAGCUCGCAUGGCGGAGCGCUCUGAUGAGGCUCACCGCAUGAGGCAGGUGCGUGGCGUCGGGCAUGCUACCAGUCCGAUAUGUGGCGUGCAUUUCCAUGUGCUUUGCAAAACAUGGUCUCUGUGUCCUGUCCCCGUGCCACACCCUCUGUCCACCGCUUCCCCACUGCUGCCUCCUCGCUCACUUCCUUCCUUCAUACCCACCCUUUUCCUCCCACCGUCCCUCUGUCCUCCCACCAUAAACUCAACCGUAACCUUCCGCUGCCCACCACCCCAUGCCAACCAUUUCAUGCCACCCAUUCCAUUCCCCCGUCCCACUCCCCCAUCCCAUUCGCACUUCUCAUUCCCCAUUCCAUUCCCAUGUCCCGUUCCCCCUCCCCUUCGCCCAUCCCAUUCCCCAUCCCAUUCCCCCAACUCAUUCCCACAUCCCAUUCCCCCAUCCCAUUCCUUAUCCCAUUCCCCCAUCCCAUUCCCCCAUCCCAUUCCUCAUCCCAUUCCCCCGUCCCAUUCCCCCGUCCCAUUCCCCCUCCCAUUCGCCCAUUUCAUUCCCCAAACUUAUGCCCUUCUCAUUCCCCCAUCUCAUUCCCCCAUCUCAUUUCCCUGUUCCGUUCCGCCUCCCGUUCCCCCUCCCGUUCCCCCAUCCCAUUCCCCAUCCCAUUUCCCCAUCCCAUUCCCCAUCCCAUUCCCCAUCCCAUUCCCCAUCUCAUUUCCCCAUCCCAUUCCCCAUCUCAUUUCCCCAUUCCAUUCCCCAUCCCAUUCCCCAUCCCAAUCCCCAUCUCAUUUCCCCAUCCCAUUCCCCAUUCCGUUCCCCAUCUCUUUUCCCCAUCCCAUUCCCCAUCCCAUUCCCCAUCCCAUUCCCCAUCCCAUUCCCCCUUCCAUUCCCCAUCCCAUUCCCCAUCUCAUUUCCCCAUCCCAUUCCCCAUCCCAUUCCCCAUCUCAUUCCCCAUCCCAUUCCCCAUCCCAUUCCCCAUCCCAUUCCCCAUCUCAUUCCCCAUCCCAUUCCCCAUCUCAUUCCCCAUCCCACCCCCCAUCUCAUUCCCCAUCCCAUUCCCCAUCCCAUUCCCCAUCCCAUUCCCCCUUCCAUUCCCCAUCCCAUUCCCCAUCUCAUUUCCCCAUCCCAUUCCCCCUUCCAUUCCCCAUCUCAUUUCCCCAUCCCAUUCCCCCUUCCAUUCCCCAUCUCAUUUCCCCAUCCCAUUCCCCAUCCCAUUCCCCAUCUCAUUCCCCCUUCCAUUCCCCAUCUCAUUUCCCCAUCCCAUUCCCCAUCCCAUUCCCCAUCCCAUUCCCCAUCCCAUUCCCCCUUCCAUUCCCCAUCUCAUUUCCCCAUCCCAUUCCCCAUCCCAUUCCCCAUCCCAUUCCCCCUUCCAUUCCCCAUCUCAUUUCCCCAUCCCAUUCCCCAUCCCAUUCCCCAUCCCAUUCCCCAUCCCAUUCCACAUCCCAUUCCCCAUCCCAUUCCCCAUCCCAUUCCCCAUCUCAUUUCCCCAUCCCAUUCCCCCUUCCAUUCCCCACCUCAUUUCCCCAUCCCAUUCCCCCUUCCAUUCCCCAUCUCAUUUCCCCAUCCCAUUCCCCCUUCCAUUCCCCACCUCAUUUCCCCAUCCCAUUCCCCCUUCCAUUCCCCAUCUCAUUUCCCCAUCCCAUUCCCCCUUCCAUUCCCCAUCUCAUUUCCCCAUCCCAUUCCCCAUCCCAUUCCCCAUCUCAUUUCCCCAUCCCAUUCCCCAUCCCAUUCCCCAUCUCAUUUCCCCAUCCCAUUCCCCAUCCCAUUCCCCAUCUCAUUUCCCCAUCCCAUUCCCCCUUCCAUUCCCCACCUCAUUUCCCCAUCCCAUUCCCCCUUCCAUUCCCCAUCUCAUUUCCCCAUCCCAUUCCCCCUUCCAUUCCCCACCUCAUUUCCCCAUCCCAUUCCCUUUCUCAUUUCCCCAUCCCAUUCCCCAUCUCAUUUCCCCAUCCCAUUCCCCAUCCCAUUCCCCAUCCCAUUCCCCCUUCCAUUCCCCAUCUCAUCUCCCCAUCCCAUUCCCCAUCCCAUUCCACAUCCCAUUCCCCAUCCCAUUCCCCAUCCCAUUCCCCAUCCCAUUCCCCAUCUCAUUUCCCAUCCCAUUCCCCAUCCCAUUCCCCAUCCCAUUCCCCAUCCCAUUCCCCAUCCCAUUCCCCAUCUCAUUUCCCAUCCCAUUCCCCAUCCCAUUCCCCAUCCCAUUCCCCAACCCAUUCCCCAUCCCAUUCCCCAUCCCAGUCCCCAUCCCAUUCCCCCUUCCAUUCCCCAUCUCAUUUCCCCAUCCCAUUCCCCAUCCCAUUCCCCAUCCCAUUCCCCAUCCCAUUCCCCCUUCCAUUCCCCAUCUCAUUUCCCCAUCCCAUUCCCCAUCUCAUUCCCCAUCCCAUUCCCCAUCCCAUUCCCCAUCCCAUUCACCCAUCUCUUUUCCCCAUCUCAUUCCCCAUCCCAUUCCCCAUCCCAUUCCCCAUCCCAUUCCCCAUCCCAUUCCCCAUCCCAUUCCCUAUCCCAUUCCUCAUCCCAUUCCCCAUGCCAUUCCCCAUCCCAUUCCCCAUCCCAUUCCCCAUCCCAUUCCCCAUCCCAUUCGCCAUCCCAUUCCCCAUCCCAUUCCCCAUCCCAUUCCCCAUCCCAUUCCCCAUCCCAUUCCCCAUCUCAUUCCCCAUCCCAUUCCCCAUCCCAUUCCCCAUCUCAUUCCCCAUCCCAUUCCCCAUCUCAUUCCCCAUCCCAUUCCCCAUCCCAUUCCCCAUCUCAUUCCCCAUCCCAUUCCCCAUCCCAUUCCCCAUCCCAUUCCCCAUCUUAUUCCCCAUCCCAUUCCCCAUCUCAUUCCCCAUCCCACCCCCCAUCUCAUUCCCCAUCCCAUUCCCCAUCCCAUUCCCCAUCCCAUUCCCCAUCCCAUUCCCCAUCCCAUUCGCCAUCCCAUUCCCCAUCCCAUUCCCCAUCCCAUUCCCCAUCCCAUUCCCCAUCUCAUUCCCCAUCCCAUUCCCCAUCCCAUUCCCCAUCCCAUUCCCCAUCCCAUUCCCCAUCCCAUUCCCCAUCUCAUUCCCCAUCCCAUUCUCCAUCCCAUUCCCCAUCCCAUUCCCCAUCUCAUUCCCCAUCCCAUUCCCCAUCCCAUUCCCCAUCCCAUUCCCCAUCCCAUUCCCCAUCCCAUUCCCCAUCCCAUUCCCCAUCCCAUUCCCCAUCCCAUUCCCCAUCCCAUUCCCCAUCCCAUUCCCCAUCCCAUUCCCCAUCUCAUUCCCCAUCUCAUACACUUGCCCUGCCUUCCACACGUGCCUACCAUACAUCACCUGCCAGCCAUCUCGCCCACGGAGGCAGGCAGCCCCUCUCAUCUCUUCUCAUCGCUCCUCCAUCGCCACCGUUUGUCUGUACUUACGCCUCCUCCCUUCCCCCCGGUGUGUUUUCCCUGGCAGCAUCUGGACACCCUUUCAGCCUAUGCAGAGGCUGCGAGAGGGAAGGCCCGCGAGGGAGGAGGAAGAGGGGAGAGAGAAGGAGGAGGAGGAGGAGGAGGAGGAGGAGGAGGAGGAGGAGGAGGAGGAGGAGGAGGGGCAGGAAGAGGAGGAGGAGGAGGAGGAAGGGGAGGAGGAGGAUGGGGAGGAGGAACCUGGCAAGGGGAAGAUGGGGAAUGCAGUGGAGGAGGAAGUGGGUGACAACUAUGACUUGGUGCAGGCCCACGCCCAGGCACGCGUCAUGGCAGCCACACAGCGGGAGAAAGAGCAGCGGGGGCGAGCACAUUUGGAGAUAGAAAACAUCAUGCGCGCUGUGCCUGCAGAGCAACUAGAGAGUGUCAAAGCGAGGAUGGAUCAGCUCCACCGGCUCGUUCUGGACUGCCCGGACCCCAGCGAGGUAGAUUUCGACCUGGAUCCUGAAGAUUUCUACUAUGGCGAGCCGUUGGAGAAGCUGAGGGAGCUGCACAUCAGCCGCGUGACAGACUGCCUGUUGCUGGAGUUUGCCACGUUGACAGGCCUUGAGGCCAUCUCCUUCACGUGCAACAACAAGCGUGCGCGUGUCAGUAGCAUGCAAUUGGGCAAACCCGAGUACCCGUGCGUGGAUGGCAGUGUGUGGCAGGUGGUGGGUGCGCUGCACGGCUUGGAACAGCUUGGCGUGCAUGGAGUGGCACGCAGCGAGCAGGACCUGCAAGCCCUCACUGCCCUCACAGGCCUCACCUCUCUCCACAUCACCGGCACCAACUUUAAGGAUAUUGGAUGCAUCAGGAGCUUUUCUCAGUUGAGGGACCUGGGGCUGGCUGGGUGCAGUGUAUAUGUGGAUUCACAUGUGGGGCAUUGGAGCCGCAGCAUGCCAUAUCUACAAUCUCUGGACCUCUCAGCCACGCGGGUCAGCUACGAUGGCGCAUCUGAGCUUUAUUUAUUUCGCCGUUUGGAGCGCUUGAAGGUGCAGCAGUGCUGCAACCUGCGCGCCCCGUUCCUGCGGCAUGUGUUCUUCAUGCACCAGCUGAAGGAGCUGGAUGUGGGCUUUAACUAUGUGCAGCCAAGGUGGUUGAAGCCGAUACUAGAUGAGAAGCGGGUGGCUCGGCUGUGUGUGCGCGGAUGUGGGUGGAGCAGUAAACAGUUUCACUGGGCUCAACGGCCGUGGCUUCAACUGGAGAGAUGA